AAAUCCGAUAAAGCAUACUUAAAACUACACGUUCUCUUGAUCUGGAUCCUUUGCACGGUGUAUCUUAUCCUCCUUUUAAAGACAUUGUAUGUGUACUUCGUGAAGGAAUUCGGAAACCUCCAAGGUGUAGGGACUCAACAACGCGUUUUAAAUGCUGAUUCAAUGCUUGCUGCAACGAUUGAUGCUAUGGUUCAAGCUGUUUUUGCUAAUCGAAUAUGGCACCUGAGCAAAAAGAAUCUCCUUUUAACGGGUGCCAUCUGUGCUUCCAUCUUGGCUCAGUUUGCACUAACUGCAACGUUCUUCGGAACAAUCCACGACUUCACCACUAUCACACAGUUUCUCACAGUUCGCGGGAUAGAGAGUGCUACAUGCGUUGUUGCUGUUUUCACGGAUUCAUUCAUUGCUGUCACCAUGAUCUAUUUGCUGCGUCAUAUGCAGUCGGGCUUCCGACGGACGGAGUCAGUCAUAAAUCGGUUGAUCACGUACGUGGUCAGUUCGAGUCUGAUAACUAGCCUAUCGGCUCUUCUGGCCUUGAUAUUUCUGGAAGCAUUGCCCCAGACAUUGGCCUAUCUAUUCUUCAACCUCAUUAUUCCAAAACGUGAGUCUGUCAUUUGA